CAUGUGCCCAUCCUGGCCAUGUUCUUCUCUGGAGCAGACAGCCUUCUGGCUGUCCAGGACCAGCGUUGAUAUGCUGGUCCAGAUGCUGCCCCGGAAGAAAGGCCACGGAUGGAGCCAUGAGAUUGAAGUGCUGGUAACCAUCUAUUGGGUGGCCUGUGGGACAUCCUGCAAGGUUACUGCUGACAUCUUCAGCAUCCCACUACCCAGGCUUUCCGCCAUGCUGCUGGUGCCAUCGAUGGGUGCCACAUCCGCAUUGUGCCCCCAAAGAAUCCACAAAAAAGAUGCUACAUUAACAGAAAACUCUUCCCCUCACUGCUGCUACAAGGUGUGUGUGAUGCCAAAGGCAAAUUUCUGGAUGUGUACAAUGGCAAUCCAGGGUCGGUGCAUGAUGCAUUGGUCCUCCGAAGAUCCCCUAUGUACCAGCAUGUGCUGUAUCCACCAGCUGGAUAUUUCUUGUUGGGAGAUGGCGGCUAUCCGUGUCUGCAGCAUCCGGUGGCCAUCAUGACGCCAUACCCCCAGCCUGUAGCAAGCCAUGUCACAGCCCGGUACAACAGGCACCAUGUGAAGGCUAGGUGCAUCAUUGAGCGGACCUUCGGGAUCCUGAAGACUCGCUGGCGGAACAUUUUUCUGCGGGCCCUGGAGAUCCGGCCUCUCUUCGCCCCAAAGGUGAUAGGUGCCUGCUGCAUCCUCCAGAACAUAUGUGUGACAGCAGGUGAUAUCCUGGAGGAGGUGUUGGAGGAGGAUCCGGAUGACAGCGAGGACAACACCAGCAGCAUCGGUGAAGAAAGCCGGGAUCUGUCGGGAAAUGGUGUCCGGGAAAGACUCGCUGCACGCGUUUCUGCACCAGAGGGACUGCCAGCAUGUCUGUGUGAACAUGACUAUAUCUAGACUGUAACACUCUCUAGAUAUAGUCAUGUUCACUGGAAGUUGGACAUAUAUGGAGAUGUUUGGCAUACAUACAUAUAUAUAUACAUCAAAAUCUAAAUCUGUUUAACUAUGUCUAAUAUACUGUCUCUGAUGCUGUCCUUUUGUUAUG